AUGGUAUACUGUGGGAAGCCAAGUAAAGGCUGCUAUCAAUGUAGGCGCAGGAAGAUCAAGUGCGACCAAGGCGAGCCCUCCUGCGGCCAGUGCACUCGUGCCAAUCACAAAUGCCCGGGCUAUCGGGACCAGCUGGAUCUUCUAUUUCGCGACGAAACUUCAAAAGUAGCAAGAAAAGCCCGUGAAGCUCCUCAGCAUGCCAACCCCAGUCGAUUUCAGUACCCUAUCCGAAGUAAAGCACAGGCAUCUUCUGCUGUGAAAGAAGAAGAGUUGACAUGCCGCAAGCCGCCACUGAAAUCCAAGAAAGAUCCGCUUUUAUAUAACAGUAGCCCGUUCUUUUCACGGCCACUUUCACUGGAGCUUAAACACCAAGCACUAUGCUUCUUUGUGGCUAGAUAUGCACCCCCUUCGAAACUUAUACGGCACUCCUCUUCAAGCUACCCCCCACUCGCGAAGAGCACUACUGAUAAUAAUGAAACCCUGCUCGUUUGCAUGACCGCUGUGGGCUUGGCGUCGCUUUCUAAUAUUACUAAAACGAAAGCCAUGCGGCUUGCAGCUGGUGAACAGUAUAGCCAUGCACUAGCUCUGCUGAGUAGAAGGUUGCAAAAUCCUGUUUAUGCGAAAUCGCUAGCAACUUUGGAUUCUGUGAUGCUUCUUGGGCUAUUCGAAGUGAUAACAUGCCGUGGCCCUCAAUCCCUACAGUCUUGGAGAAGCCAUAUGCAAGGUGCCACAGCACUGCUUAAGCUUAGCGAUAAAGAUACGUCUAGGGAGCCUGGUUCGCUCCGAACCUUUGUUCAAGUCCGCGGCCAGAUUAUUUCCGGCUGCCUUGCAGCAGAAACAUACGCCCCUCCUUCCGUCGCUGCCCCAUUGACCCUAGAUCGCUCAAGCGUCACGCCCUCUGAAAUCGGCAUCGAAAGUUUAACUGCUCUUCUGACAAAACUCGCCAAUUUACGUGCCUCAAUCAAAGAAGGGGUAAUAUCCUGCCCUUCAAAGGUCCUUCAAAUGACCUUAAGUUUAAGGGAUGAUCUUAUUUCCUUCCAGGAGUCGGUAGAAAGCCGCUAUGUCUUCCAAAAGGUGAAAAACAAAGACGGGGAAUCCGCAUUUCUUCCUGCCGAUUUCGUGUAUGGAGACCACUUCCACGUCUUCUCCAAUUUCUUGUGUGUAGGCCUGUGGAACGGUUACCGUGCUGGUCGCAUCACUCUGAGUGCCACGAUUUCCAAGGCGUUUCGAGAAUUGGAGAAGUCAGGUGCCUCAAUUCCGGACGACAUACGUGAACAGUAUGAGCGGGAUCAACUCGACAUUGACCCAAUUGCACGAGAAAUUUGUUCUAGUCUUCCAUUUGCUUUGGGGAUGGUAUGCUGGGAAUCAGACACUGUUUCCCUGAACCCCGCUGGUGCCUCUGCUCUGGGUGGGUUUCUGUUAUUGUGGCCCUUGUACCUGGCGGCAGAGGCUUCUCCAACUACGCCAGGACUCCAAGAAUGGAUUGUGAAACGUUUUGAGUACAUUGGACAUGUGCUUGGAAUCAAUCAGGCGUUGUGGAUGGCCCAGCUGAUCAAAGAAAAAGCCUCACUCGACAAGGAAAUAGCUCUGGAGCCAUCGUCUCCUCAGAAUUGUGAGCUUGUUCUUGGAGAACUCUCAACUCGUAUGUAG